UCACGGAAGGAACGGGUCUGCCCUCCUCCCCUCUCCUCCCUCAGACGGCUCCCGAGCUUGCAGAGCUGUGCCGCUUGGGCUCGGGGAGACGAAGUCUGUUGUAAAAAUGCCUCUCAAGUUCCAGGGAGCUGGAGGGUAUGGUUACCUUCUCCUCACAGUGCUCUGCCCUGUGAUGCUGAGGGUUGGCCUCGUAAAUGCCCUGUCCUUUGAAGACCUUGGCUAUCUGGUUACAGCAGCUGUGGCGCUUUCAGCUGCGCCCGUCAGCAUGGUGGUGGAGCACGCGGAGUUCCUGAAGGCGGGGAAAGAGCCUGGCCUACAGAUCUGGAGGGUUGAGAAGUUUGACUUGGUGCCAGUGCCCAAGAACCUGUAUGGGGACUUCUUCACUGGGGAUGCUUAUCUGGUCCUCAAUACCAUCAAGCAGAGGAAUGGGAACCUGCAAUACGACCUCCACUUCUGGCUGGGGAAUGAGUGCACUCAGGAUGAGAGUGGGGCCGCGGCCAUCUUCACCGUCCAGAUGGAUGAUUACCUGAACGGCAAGGCCAUCCAGCACCGGGAGGUCCAGGGCUUCGAGUCUGCCACCUUCUUGGGAUACUUCAAAUCCGGCAUCAAGUACAAGAAAGGUGGUGUGGCAUCUGGCUUCAAGCACGUUGUGCCUAACCAGGUGUCCGUACAGAGACUCUUCCAAGUGAAAGGCCGCCGGACGACCCGAGCCACUGAGGUUCCCGUGUCCUGGGAGAGCUUCAACACUGGAGACUGUUUCAUCCUGGACCUCGGCAAUGACAUCUACCAGUGGUGCGGCUCCAAGAGCAACCAUUUUGAGCGCCUCAGGGCCGUCCAAGUUUCCAAGGGCAUCCGAGAUAACGAGCGGAGCGGCCGGGCCAAGGUGCACGUCUUGGAGGAGGGAGCCGAGCCCGAGAAGAUGCUCCAGAUCCUGGGACCCAAGCCCAGUUUGCCCCAAGGACCGGAUGAUACUACCCAAGUGGACGCAGCCAACCGUAAGCUGGCCAAGCUGUACAAGGUCUCCAACAGUGCUGGGGCCAUGUCUGUCUCUCUGGUGGCUGACGAGAACCCAUUUGCCCAGGCAGCACUGAAGUCGGAAGACUGCUUCAUCCUGGACCACGGCUCCAACAAGAAAAUCUUUGUCUGGAAAGGCAAGCAGGCCAACCCUGAGGAGAGGAAGGCCGCUCUGCAAACCGCCACCGACUUCAUCUCCAAGAUGGGCUACCCCAAGGAGACCCAGAUCCAAAUUCUCCCCGAGAACGGCGAGACCCCACCGUUCAAGCAAUUCUUCAAGAUCUGGCAGGACCGGGACCAGACUCAGGGCCUGGGGGUGGCCUACCUGUCCAGCCGUGUCGCCAAUGUGGAGAAGGUGCCAUUCGACGCCGCCACCUUGCACACCUCCACCGCCAUGGCCGCCCAACACGGCAUGGAUGAUGAUGGCAGUGGCAAGAAGCAGAUCUGGAGGGUUGAGAAUGCUGCAAAGGUGCCGGUGGAUCCGUCCCAGUAUGGCCAGUUCUACGGUGGGGACAGCUACAUCAUCCUGUACAACUACAAGCACAGCAACAAGCAGGGCCAGAUCAUCUACAACUGGCAGGGUGCUGAUUCCUCCAAGGAUGAAAUUGCCGCUUCUGCUGUACUCACUGCCCAGCUGGAUGAAGAGCUGGGAGGGACCCCAGUUCAGAGCCGAGUGGUGCAGGGCAAGGAGCCGGCCCAUCUGAUGAGCCUGUUUGGUGGGAAGCCCAUGAUCGUCUACAAGGGGGGGACCUCGCGGGAAGGCGGCCAGACAGCUCCUGCCAGCACUCGCCUCUUCCAAGUCCGCUCCAGCAGCUCCGGAGCCACCAGGGCCGUGGAGCUGACUCCGGCCGCUGGGGAGCUGAAUUCCAAUGAUGCCUUUGUCCUGAAAACCCCCUCUGCAGCCUACCUGUGGGUGGGUCAGGGAGCCAGUGAAGCGGAGAAAAGCGGGGCACAGGAGCUGCUGAAAGUGCUGGGGGCCAAAUCUGUGACCGUGGAAGAAGGCAGAGAGCCAGGCAGCUUCUGGCAAGCCCUGGGUGGGAAAGCCAGCUACCGCACGUCCCCACGGCUGAAGCAGAAGAUGGACAGCCACCCACCCCGUCUCUUCGCCUGCUCCAAUAAGAUCGGGCGCUUCGUGAUCGAAGAGGUUCCUGGGGAGCUUCUGCAGGAAGACCUGGCUACGGAUGACGUUAUGCUCCUUGACACCUGGAGCCAGAUUUUUGUCUGGGUUGGAAAGGACGCUGAAGAAGAAGAAAAGACUGAGGCCUUGUCAUCUGCUAAAAGGUACAUCGAAACAGACCCUGCUCACCGUGACAAGAGAACACCCAUUACCCUCAUCAAGCAAGGAGCAGAACCUCCCUCAUUUGUGGGCUGGUUCCUGGGCUGGGAUAACAAUUACUGGACUCUGAGUCCCCUGGAUAGGGCCAUGGCCGAGCUGGCUGUGUAAGCCGACAAGAGGUCCACCAUUUUCAGUGCCUUCCCGAGUUGUUCUUGCAGAGACCUGACUGAGUCUGGCAACUCUUGGGUUCUUUUUUUUUUUUUUUUUUACAAUAGCCAAAUAGCUGUGCAAUAAAGUUCAUUGCAAACCGUAUCUUAUCCUCUGUGCUUUGGAUAUUUAAUAUAAUAAAGCUUAUUUGGAACACGUGGA